GUGAGACAUGCCGUAGCUUCAUUGACCUGGCCCCAGCGUCGGAGAAAGGGGUCCUGUGGCUGUCGGUGGUCUCCGAGGUGCUCUACAUCCUCCUGCUGGUGGUCGGCUUCAGCCUCAUGUGUCUCGAGCUCUUCCACUCCAGCAGCGUCAUAGACGGGCUCAAGCUCAAUGCCUUCGCGGCCGUGUUCACGGUGCUCUCAGGCCUCCUGGGAAUGGUCGCCCACAUGAUGUACACGCAGGUGUUCCAGGUCACCGUGAGCCUCGGCCCUGAGGACUGGAGGCCCCAUUCCUGGGACUACGGGUGGUCCUUCUGCCUGGCGUGGGGCUCCUUCACCUGCUGCAUGGCCGCCUCCGUGACCACGCUCAACUCCUACACCAAGACGGUCAUCGAGUUCCGCCACAAGCGCAAGGUGUUUGAGCAGGGCUACCGGGAGGAGCCGACUUUCAUAGAGCCCGAGGCCAUCAAAUACUUCCGAGAGAGGUUCGAGAAGGGGGACCGGCACGACGAGGAGGACGACCUUCGCUUAGACUGCCGCCACGAGAGAUACCCCGCCCGUAAGUGGCCUCUUCCCCGGGGCCUGUGCCGAUCCUGGGCCGUCUCCGAGGAAGAACCCGGGAGACGAGCCAGGCCGACCUCUCCCUGACCCUGCGUUCUCCCACCAGCACGCUCUACAG